UACUCUGUUUUUAGUAUCAGAAUUUUUUCUUCUCUCUUCCUCUCCCAUGGCAUCACAACAUUCUCUGCCAUUUCUGCUACAAAUUUCUCUCCCCAUUCUCCCUCUUCCAUCUCUUUAACCAUGUCAUCCCCCUUUCUCUUCCUCUUCCUCCUCCUCCCUCCUGUCUCCGGCGCCGCCGUCUGCGGCAACCUUCAAAUCCCCUUCCCUUUCUCCCUCAACACCACCACAAACCCCCAUUCAAUCCCAUUAAUCCCCAGUCCCUUUCUUCUCUACUGCCUCAACUCCACCCUCUUCCUCAACCUCACCGUCCAAUCUUACCGCAUCCUCCAAUUCCUCUCCGACGCCGUUUUAGUCGAUUUCCCCGGCCCACCCUGCCGCCAUUACAACGAUUUCAACGCAUUUUCCCCUGUUUCUCAAAAUCCAUUUUUCGCUAUCUCCAACGACAAUCUCCUCGCUCUCUACGACUGUAACGACUCCUCUCUCUGCAAACCCACUUGCCGGAACCUUGUCUUACCCGGCUGUGACUCACCGCCGAUUCACGACUCUCCGGCCUGCUGCUAUUCGCUCACAGAUCGCACUCUGUGGCGAAACAGAGGCGAUUUUACUCUGUUUCUGAAGAUGGGUUGCAGAGGAUUCUCGAGCUGGGCGGUGGAAAAAGGGUGGAGAAGUGGGAAACGAGGAGUGAAAUUGGAAUGGGGACUUCCGAGGAAUUUGACGAUUUGUGAUAAGAAUGGGUUUGUUGUUAAUGCUACUGCUGUUAGCGAUGGGGUUCGUUGUUCUUGCUCUGAUGGCUUUGUUGGUGAUGGCUUUGCUAAUGGAUUUGGGUGCUACAAAUCUUGUGUUAAGAAUGGACGUCAUGAGUACGGUAGUAGUUGCAAUACCAAACUACGCCGUGAAAAGGAAUUUAUUAUCUUUACAGGAAUUCUUGCUCCUCUUUUCAUUAUAGCCUCUUUGGUUGGACUUUUCUGCAUACUAAGACGACCCAUCAAACAAACCACACUAAACUCUUCCCACACCCAAUUUCACUCCAAUGCUUUCCUCCAAAAGGCUUGCAGGACUCGUUUAUUCACUUACCAUGAGCUACAACAAGCCACCAGAGGAUUUGAAGACAAUGCCAAGCUUGUCGACAGCCGAAACGGAGCAAUCUUUGCCGGGGUGCUCGGAGAUGGAUCAAGAGUAGCCAUACACCGGCUGCAAUGCGAGAAUGAAGGUGAUGUUAUGAACGUCCUAUCCCAAAUCGAGGUUUUGUAUGUACUUGCACACAAACACGUCGCCCACAUACUUGGCUGCUGCAUCGAUCCUGGCUAUGCUCCGUUGGUCGUUUACGAAUAUCCUGACAAUGGUACUUUGGAGAAACAUUUGCAUCACCGAAAAGGAACCGACCAAACCGAACCGAUGCUCGAUUGGUAUAGGAGAUUGAGAAUAGCUGCUGAGACAGCUAGUGUUCUUACAUUCCUACAAUGUGAGGUGUCUCCCCCAAUUUUCCACAACCAUCUCGAAUCGUGUCAUAUCUUUCUCGAUGCAAAUUUCUCGAGUAAAGUUUCAGGAUUCGGGUUACUAAGCUCUCCGACCGAAGACAAAUCUCACCCUCUUGAAGCCUCAUCAUUCCACAACAAUGAUGUUUAUGACUUUGGAGUUAUAUUACUUGAAAUGGUAACAGGUUUAAAGAACUCAGAUCUCCCAAUGGUAGCAUUGCAAAAGAUUAGAAUUGGGAAGCUAGAAGAGGUUGUGGAUCCACUUCUAUACUAUCAUGAGAAACCUCCUCAUAGCAAAGAGCAAAUAGAGAUAGUAGCAGACCUUGCCACAAGGUGCUUGCUUUUCGGCCGAGAUGGGAAGCUGCGAAUGAGCGACGUUUCGAAGGAGUUGACGCACAUAAUGAAAGACAAUGUCGUCGUCGUUGAAGGAGGCAGCACGAGAGGGUCUGCACUAGAGGAAACUUUCUCCAAUUCAAGCCUUCUUCAAAUGAUAUCAAUGUCUCCUGAUUCAAUCCUUGCUCCAUGAAUAGUUUAAUCCAAUAACAUGAUUGAUUUCUGCCCAUGAAAAUAGCUUCCUUUUUCUUUUCUAUGUAAGUUUGCCUUUUGAUUGAUGAGAACUCUGCAUUGGUUGUUUAGAAUUUGAAGAUAAAUAUCUUAG